AUGCGACAGGCACAUAUCGGCUUCUAUGAAACAGGAGAAGAGAUCACUGCGGGAGAGUCAGCAGUCAGUCCAUCUCUUAUCACUGAAAAUGGACCCUUUGAGCUUGAAGCCCAAACAAAACUUGGGACUGCGCAACGCGAAGAGCAGAGUGAUGAAAGGAAUGAAAACGAACACCCUUCAAAAUGGAGAUUAGCCAUGAUAAUGAUUGCAUUAUGCUCAUCAGUGUUUUGUAUGGCCUUGGAUAACACUAUCAUUGCAACCGCCAUCCCCAGGAUUACAGAUCAGUUCCAGGCGCUGGACGAUGUCGGCUGGUAUGGAGCCGCCUACCUGCUCACUACCAGCUCACUGCAGCUGACCUUUGGAAAACUGUACGCCUUCUACUCAGUCAAACGGGUCUACCUUACGGCUCUCUUCAUAUUCGAACUUGGUUCUUUUGUCUGCGGAAUCACCCCAAACUCGACUGGACUGUUACUGGGCCGAGCAGUAGCUGGCAUGGGAGCGGCGGGAAUAUUCUCUGGCGCUAUUCUGAUAAUUAGCCAGACGGUGCCCCUUCACCAGCGUCCCGCGUAUAUGGGUCUUGUUGUAAGCAUGUAUGGGAUCGCCUCUGUAGCAGGGCCUCUCCUUGGAGGAGCUUUCACGGACCAUGUCACAUGGCGCUGGUGCUUCUAUAUCAAUUUACCUUUGGGUUUGGUGACCACAGUGUUUAUUAUUACCUUCUUCAGGACUGCAGGUAAAAAUACCAAGAAUACUAUGACACUCCAGCAGAAACUGUGCAUGAUGGAUCUAGAAGGAACUGCCUUCUUCGUCCCCGGAAUAGCCUGCCUCUUGAUGGCAUUGCAAUGGGGUGGAACGACAUACCCGUGGAGGAGUGGGAGGAUCAUCGCCUUGUUUAUCGUUUUUGGAGUUUUGAUUACUAGUUUUUUGUUAAUCCAGCGGUGGAAACAAGAGAAGGCAACAGUUCCUCCGCGAGUUUUCAAAAACCGCAACGUAUGGGGCAGUGCGCUCUUUGGUGCUUUCUCCGGAGCGGGCUUCUUCGUGAUGGUUUACUAUGUGUGCCACAUCCUCGCAGCCGAACAAAUUGAUAGUAAGCUGACUGUCUUGCAGACCCCUAUUUGGUUCCAAUCGAUCAAGGGCGUGUCGGCUGUCAAGUCAGGGAUCAUGAACUUACCUCUGAUUCUGUCUCUGGUCAUCAUGUCUAUAGUCUCUGGGGUCACUGUUAGCAUAGUCGGGUAUUACACCCCUUUCAUGCUGCUGUCGUCGAUUCUGAUGAUCGUGGGGGCGGGUAUGAUGUCAACCUUCGAGGUUAACAGCAAUGCCGCUCAAUGGAUUGGGUACCAGGUCCUCUUUGGCUUUGGCGUGGGCUGUGGUAUGCAGCAGACCAUAGUUGCCGUUCAGGCGUCACUGCCAUAUGCCGACAUCCCGGUGGGGGCAGCCGUCAUGAUGUUUUCACAGACCUUAGGGGGAGCCCUUGGUAUCUCGGUUGCCCAGAAUGUUUUCCAGAACCAGCUCGUUUCUAAUUUUGCUGCUAGCCAACUCAGUGGCCUGGACCCGAAAACGGUAAUCCAGGCGGGCGCCACACAGAUUCAAACUCUGAUACCACACAAGUUCCUGCCGGUGGUGCUGACUGCUUAUAACCAAGCGUUGACACAUACUUUCUACGUGUCGGUCGCCGUGACAUCACUCUCUUUCUUUAGUACCCUCUGCAUUGAGUGGAAGUCGGUCAGGGGAGUGGACAUCAAGAUCGCGGCGGGUGCUUGA